CCAUUAUCCCGCGCGGUUAAGCCCCGAUGUUCCGCGCUGCCUCCGUCCACACGUUCCCCGACCUGCCUCCCGGUGCCAGCAUGGGCGGGCGGCGUCCAGCCCGGUGAGGGGCGCUGGGGUGCUCCCUGUUCGGAGCGGCGAUGGGGUCCCCGCAGGGCUACCGGGCUUCUUGGUGGACCUUCCUCCUGCACCAGGCGCCCCACAUCAACUUCCAGUUCGAGCCCGUGGGGAGCGAGUUCGCCCCGGAGGACUGGGGGUACCAGCAGGCCCUGCUGUUUCUGGCUAGCAUCUCAGGCCUCUGCUUUGCCAUCAGCCUAGUUCUCAUCUGCGUCUACCUGAUCCGCUUCUGCUGCUGCAGCAACGAAGACGAUGAAGAAACCAAGACACAAAGGGUUUGCUGCAUCACUUGGAGCUGCGUGGCGGCAGUUAUCGUUUGCUGUGCUGGGAUUGGCAUCGGUUUCUAUGGAAACAGCGAGACCAACGACGGUGUAUAUCAGGUCACAUACUCGCUACUCAGCGCCAACCACACGCUAAGCUCCAUUGAUACUCUGGUUGCAGAGACAGUGGAGCUGAUUUCAGCAACAGUACGAGGGGAUCUUACUCAGCUUGAGGAGGCGCUGUCCCCACGGACAGAACUGGUGGCUGUGGUUCGAAACACGCGCCGCCAAGCAGAGGCGGUAGCACAGACCCUGGAUGGCAUUCCCUUCUGGGAAGAUGCCAGUGGAAGCCCCAGCGUCCUAGCAGAACAAGUCGGCUACCUGGAAGACUACAGGUGGCUGGCCUACAUUUUACUGCUACUGUUGGACCUCAUCAUCUGUCUCUUCAUCUUGCUGGGUCUGGCGAAGCAAAUCAAGUGGCUGGUAAUCGUAAUGGCUGUGAUGAGCUUCCUUGUUCUUGUCCUGAGCUGGGGCUCCAUGGGGCUGGAGACAGCAGCAGCGGUGGGACUGAGUGAUUUCUGCUUUGAGCCAGAUGGCUAUGUGAUGAACACAACCCAAGCCAGGACUGGACUCAGCCCAGAAAUCUUGCAAUACUACUUAACCUGCAGCCAAGAUGUCUUUAAUCCUUUUCAACAGAGGCUCACCAUGUGCCAAAGGGCACUGUCCAACAUUCACUCUCAGCUGUAUGGAUUGGAGAGAGAAGCUGUCCCUCAUUUUCCAGCAGCUGAGAAGAACAUCUUAUCCAUCCAGAGCACUUUGAACACCACCGAAAGCAAUUUCCACCACCUUGUUGCUCUGCUCAACUGCCGGGGACUUCACAAGGACUAUGUGGACGCCCUGAAAGGGCUGUGCUACGAUGGCAUGGAAGGGCUGCUUUUCCUGCUCCUCUUCUCCUUCUUCUCUGCCCUUUCCUUCACCACAGCUGUUUGCAGUCUUCCCCGUGCCUGGAAGAGGUUCCAGAACAGGGACUCGGAGUACGACGACAUGGAGGACGACGACCCUUUCACGCCCCAGGCACGUAGGCCGCCGACGGUGCGCGCGGGGGGGGCCGGGCCCACCCUGCCCGGCUCCUAUAGCCACUGUUCAAGCUGGGGCAGCCGUGGCAGCCUGCGCCUCUCAGCCCCCCCCAUUUCCAACGCCCCCGUCUCACAGUACAUGAGUCAAAGCGCUUCGUACAGUGGCAGUCCUCGAUUUGAGAGCGUCCCCCUCAUCGACCGUCAUUCCCCGCCCCCAUCGUAUUCCCCCAGCAUGCGAGCCUCUUACGUUGGUGCUAGCGAAGAAGUGGACCUCCCCUACCGGACCGGAUUCCUGCCCUAGAUGCACCCCAGAAGACCCCAACCCACAUCCACACCAUUCAACUAACACAGAGCAGUCCCCACCCACCUGCCCACCUCUUACUGGAGCGCAACCGCAGCCAGCUCCAGCUCCACCUGCCCCCAGCCCUUGCACCUGGAUCUUUUCUUCACUCAUUUCAUUUGCCUGCCCUCUAUAAGCAAGCAAAAGGAGCUGAGUGGGGGAGGAUAUCCCGUAUGGGAUUUCAGAGACAUUAACAAACAGAGGCAGGAGUGAGAAAGGGCUAAGGAAAGGGGCACUGAGCAGAGAAGGUAAUACAACCAGAGAUUGCUGAGCAACAGGACAAGGGUGGGCUAAGCAAAAGGCGUGGAUGAAACAGAAGGAAUGAAAGGAAAGAAUUGUUGGUAGAUAAACAGAUUUCUAAAAAUUAGAGUGGAUGUGUGGAUGUUUAUAUACAAUAAAAGUGUGUUUGGGAGCCGCUGAUUGAAUGGAAAGAUGCAGGGACUGGAUGAGUGAAAGAAGGGAUAGAACGAAAGAGCAAAAGGAUGAGGGAGACAAAUGGUGGCAGUCUAAAUAUCACAUUUUGGAACAGCAAACGCCACUUGGACGACGACUCAUCCCCGUUCCAGGCUCUCACGAUGGGCAUCCUAGAAAGGGCCCUUUGGGGAGACCUGAAGGAAGAGGGGAGUCCAACAGGGGCCCAAAGUCAGCCCUGCUCCCCACCGGCCUCCUUGCUCCUAAUUAGAGCCCCCUCCCCCAAAACUAACGAGUUUGGAACUUGCCCAGUUUAAAAUAAAAGGGAAACUUUAUUUUA